AUGGGAGGCUGCCGUCAAGGUGGCAAAAAGCAACUUUAUCGGCAAUUAGGAAGUUCGCACUCAUCCUUUGAGGACCUUUCCACUGUCCUCACACAAAUCGAAGGCAGUAUAAACUCGCGUCCACUAGUUCCAUUGACAGAAGAUCCCAAUGAUCUAGCCUGUCUUACAACUGCACAUUUCGUGGUAGGCUCUACACUUCAUGCUGUCCCUGAGCCAGACAUAAGAAAUUUGCCAAUUAACAGACUGGAUCAUUUCCAAAGACUGCAACGUAUUCAUCAACAAUUUUGGCAGCAUUGGCAGAGCGAAUACCUGCAGGAGCUCCAGAAGGACAGUUGCGUUUCUAGUCCAAAUUACGAAAUCCAGCCCGGUCGCCUUGUUGUUGUUAUGGACGAGUUUCUGGUUCCAAUCAAAUGGCCGCUCGCACGUAUCGUUGCGUUACAUCCGGGGCCAGACAAACUAACUAGAGUGGUGGAUCUUCGCACCGCUCGCGGUAUCAUCAGACGACCGAUAACCAAAAUAUGUUUGCUGCCGAUUGAAACUGCACAUUUGUCGAACACCAAUCGAAACAAACAAAGUGAUGUCAUCGAAAUCAAUAACAAACCAAUCGCAUCCGCAGUGAGCAAACCCAACGAGAACAGUGAAGGCUCGCGUUGCAGUAUCAAUUCACACGGAUAA